AUGCUAUGUCUGAGCGCUGAUACUCAGCAGCAGGAGAGUGAGACACAACAGCAACGAUACAAUUGCCGGGAAAUCUGCAUUGAAGUGUUACUUCAUGCGACAAAACUUAGUGUCGGCAAGCAUGAACAUCUCUCGCAUUAUUUGAAGCGGAUCACACACUUAACAUUGAAUGGAAACGUCAACAUUAGCUUAAAAAAAGAACAAAAUGCGGCUGGACCCAUUUGCAAGAUUCAAAAUUUGCACCAUUGUCCUAAUCUCAAGGUGUUGUAUCUGUACGACAAUACUAUUGAGACCAUCGAAAACCUUGAUGUGGUGCCACAGCUUACUCAUCUUUAUCUACAAAACAAUAAAGUACAAAAAAUUGAAAAUCUUGAAUCGCUGGCGCUAUUGGAGAAGUUGUAUCUUGACAACAAUAAUAUUGUGAAAUUAGAAGGUUUGCGGAACUGCUUUCAAUUAAAAGAAUUGUCUUUGGCAAAUCAAGAUGUUCCGCUUGACAAGCACUUUUCGUUUGAGGAGGAUACGAUGCAGACUUUGGCGUGCUCCCUGCGAGUAUUAGACCUUUCAAAUUGUCGUGUGGUUUCAUUGGCACCAAUAAUAAAAUUUCGCUGUUUGGAGCAACUUGACGUGUCCAAGAAUCUCAUUUACGGUCUAGAAGAAGUCUUUGGAUUGGUUCAAGGUAUUACAUCGCUUGUGGAGCUCGAUUUACGAGGCAAUGAGGUCACUUUGAUGGCCAAAUAUCGUGAAAAACUUAUUACGUUCUCCUCAUCACGUUUGACAUUGCUGGAUAAGAAAAGUAUUGAUCCCAACCAGCGACGUAUGAUGCAGUCGCACCUUGCACACAAGUAUAGGAAGCGUAUGAAGUCAAGUUCACGUCAUCAGAAUCUUAUAUCGAGUGAAGAUACACGAGAUGAGCGUAACAAAUCAACAAAACUAUCAAACUUCGGUCCAACUGGAAAGCAUCUUCGCUGCAAGCAGGUUUUUUCUUUUCAUAUUAAGGAUUGCCUCGAAAGCGAUGAUCUAAAAAUUGCAGGAUGA